AGCCGAAAAGCACCGGUACUUUACAACCGUCGGAAGUUUCGUACCCAUUUAUCAGCGUCUUUCAGCAUGUUGCUUGUCCUUUUCUUGUCCGAGAAAGAAAGGAAGAACAAGACAAGGGCGUUUCCGGAACUUCAAAAAAACAAACACUGGGGAAACUACUCCAGAGCUUACCCACCAAAGCACCAAUAGAAUUCGCAAGCACAACAACAACAAAAAAAAAAAAAAUCAGUCUCAAAAUCCGUCACUUUCUACCAGUAUUAUACAAUUAUACACAGUCAAAGGGGAUCGUAUAAUUCAGUUUUAUUCCAGUAAAUACGAGCAUCUUCUUUUACUUAGCUGAAUCACCCAAUUCGAUCUCUGAUCAUUAUUUAGUAUUGUUCAGUUUCGCUUUCAAUUUCUUCCAUAGUUUGAACAGUUUACAGGGAGAUCUUCUUCCUCUUCUUCUUUUUCUCCGCUAAAGAUUAGAUUUUAAAAAAAAAAGUAAUUAUCGAAGAAGAAAAAUGCUAGUUUCUGCGCUUUUGACGUCGGUGGGAAUAAACUCGGGGCUGUGUAUUUUGUUCUUCGGUUUGUACUCAAUAUUGAGGAAACAGCCUCUGAAUAACGAAGUUUAUUUGCCUCGUUUGUUGGCGGAGGGGAAAUCCCAACGGACAAGCCGUUUCAACCUCGAAAGGCUGAUUCCUUCCACCGGUUGGCUCAAAAACGCUUGGAGCCUCUCCGAAGAUGACCUCUUGGCCUCCUCCGGCUUGGACGCUGUCGUCUUCAUGCGCGUUAUAACUUUCAGUUUAAAAGUAUUCGUGUUUGCCGGGAUUAUCGGGAUCUUUGUUCUUCUUCCAGUGAACUGCUCUGGAGAUAAGCUUGACAAUAUUGACUUAGAUAAUUUGUCAAAUAACUCGUUGGACGUGUUUACAAUUUCAAAUGUAAACAAGGGUUCGAAAAGCCUGUGGAUUCACUUUUCUGCUGUUUAUGUCGUCACAAUUUUUGUCUGCUACCUACUUUAUUAUGAGUAUAGUUAUAUUUCUUCAAAAAGAUUGGCUUAUUUCCAUUCAUCGAAACCCCAACCGCAUCAGUUCACGAUCUUAGUUCGCAGUAUCCCUGUUUCCAGUGGGAGCAGUGUCAGUGACAGUGUUGACAGCUUCUUUAAAGAGUAUCACCCUUUAACAUAUCUGUCACAUAUUGUUGUUCAUCGAACAAACAAACUUCGACUUCUCAUCAAAAAUGCCAAGAGAUUGUCAAAAAGAAUCCUUCAUUCACGGUCCGAUCCCAGUCAUCGGAAAUAUCAUCGAAGCUGCUGUUUUGGAUUGUGUGGCCGCAAGGUUGAUCUUGUGGACCAUUAUGGAAAGAGGCUAGAAGAUAUAGAGGAAAAUGUGAGAAUGGAGCAGUCAGGGGUUUCAUUCACAGGACAAACGGAGUAUCAUUCUACAAAAUGGAGCCAAGAGAAACUCGAAGUUCGUGCUGCAUUUGUGUCAUUCAAGUCUCGUUAUGGUGCUGCUGUGGCUUUUCACUUGCGACAAUCAAACAAUCCCACACACUGGACCGCAGAAGAAGCUCCCGAGCCGCAUGAUGUUUACUGGCCUUUCUUUUCUUCAUCAUUCAUGCAAAGAUGGAUAUCGAAGCUGGUGGUCAUUGUUGCAUGUAUUCUUCUUACAAUCUUAUUCCUCAUUCCUGUUCUCCUUGUGCAAGGUCUUGCUAAUCUGAAUCAGUUGGAAAUUUGGUUUCCCUUCCUCAAAAGCAUUCUAACUAUAACUUUCGUUAGUCAAGUUAUCACAGGAUACCUUCCCAAUCUCAUUCUUCUGUUAUUUCUGAAAUCGGUGCCCCCAAUCAUGGAAUUCCUUUCAUCUAUUCAAGGAUAUAUUUCCCACAGUGACAUAGAAAAGAGCGCAUGUGAUAAAGUACUUUGGUUCACGAUAUGGAACAUAUUUUUUGCUACUAUAUUUUCUGGUUCAGCUUUAUCUCAGCUCGACGUCUUCCUUGAGCCAAAGAAUAUAACUUCAAAGCUAGCUGUUGCUGUCCCUGCACAGGCAUCGUUUUUCAUUGCAUAUGUUGUCACGUCAGGAUGGACAAGCACUUCGUCAGAACUGUUUCGUGUAAUUCCUCUGUUUUGCAGUCUGAUAAAGAGACCUUUUACUGGGGAUCCAGAUGAUGAUCUUGAAGUUCCAGCUUUUGAUUACCACAAGGACAUUCCAAGAAUUCUUUUCUUUGUACUCCUUGGAAUCACAUACUUUUUCUUAGCUCCACUUAUUCUGCCCUUCCUCUUGGUGUACUUCUGUCUUGGAUACAUCGUCUUCCGUAAUCAGUUCAUUAAUGUCUAUGCGCCAAGGUACGAAACUGCAGGGAAGUUUUGGCCUAUUGUGCACAAUUCAACGAUAUUUUCUUUGGUGCUCAUGCACGCCAUUGCAGUGGGAAUCUUCACAUUGAAGAAGCUCUCUCUAGCUUCAUCUUUAGUCAUUCCUCUUCCAAUCCUCACUCUUCUAUUCAACGAGUACUGCCGAAAACGCUUCCUGCCUAUUUUCGUUGGUUACUCUGCUGAGAGUUUGAUCAAAAGGGAUAGGCAGGAUGAGAGUGACCCUGCAAUGCCUGAAUUCUUUGAGAAAUUAGUCACUGCCUAUCAGGACCCAGCUUUGAUGCCGAUUCCUUACUUUUCUGACACUAAUAGCAUUACCACUCCCCUUAUCAACAACAACAAUCGAGUUUGAGAUUUCUGUUUUCUUUCCCUUUAUGUCCUUGUUUUAAAUAGGCAGUUACGCAUAUUUUUUGUAUGCAAUAGUUGAUUAUUUCCAUGCGCAGAAUAUAGAGUUGCGAGGGAAAAACAGUGAAUGUGCUCUUUUUCAGUGUGUCCUUGUAACUUCAACCUGUGCUGUGUAUAAAUGUGUGAAAGGUUCCCCAUGUAUGUUUUUUCUUAAGCAAUAGAUCUGUCCUAUUUUGUUUC